CGAGCCGGAGGAGCAGCUCCAACCCAGAGACUGACGAGACGAGACCAUGUCGGCCUCCGCCGCUGCCGCUCCUUCAUCCUCCUCCGCGCCGCGGUUGGAAGGCAAGGUAGCACUUGUCACCGGUGGCGCUUCCGGUAUCGGCGAAGCCAUCGUCCGGCUCUUCAGGCAGCAUGGUGCGAAGGUUUGCAUAGCAGAUGUCAACGACGAAGCCGGCCAGCAGGUCUGCGACUCCCUCGGAGGCGACCCCAGCGUCCUGUUUGUCCACUGCGACGUCACGAUUGAGGAGGACAUAAGCCGGGCCGUGGAUGCGGCGGCCGAGAAGUUUGGCACCCUCGACAUCAUGGUGAACAAUGCCGGCAUUACGGGCGACAAGGUCACGGACAUUAGGAACCUCGACUUUGCCGAGGUGAAGAAGGUGUUCGACAUCAACGUGCACGGCAUGCUGCUCGGGAUGAAGCACGCGGCGCGCGUCAUGAUCCCGAACAGCAAGGGGUCCAUCGUGUCUCUGGCCAGCGUUGCCAGCGUCCUCGGAGGGUUGGGGCCGCACGCGUACACCGCUUCGAAGCACGCGGUGGUGGGUCUCACCAAGAGUGUUGCCCUGGAGCUGGGGAGGCACGGGAUACGGGUGAACUGCGUGUCUCCCUACGCUGUUCCCACGGCGCUCUCCAUGCCGCAUUUGCCCCAGGGAGAGCAGAAGGGCGACGCAGUGAGAGAUUUUCUUGCAUUUGUUGGAAGUGAGGCGAACCUGAAAGGCGUCGAUCUGCUACCCAAGGAUGUUGCUGAGGCGGUGCUCUACUUGGCGAGCGACGAAGCAAGGUACAUCAGCGCGCUCAACCUUGUGGUUGAUGGUGGCUUUACUUCUGUAAACCGCAAUCUGAAAGCAUUUGAGGACUAGUUGAAGUUUUUAGCUGCAUUUGUCACAUGAUAUUUGCAGAUGUGCUAUAUCAUUCUGACUUGCCUGCAUUAUGUCAAUAAGGAGGGUAGUCAUGUGUAAAAUUGGAUAUUCAUCAUAUACUAGUGCAGAAGGACUGCUUUGAUUAUUAUCAGUACUAUUCUGUUAAACUUA